CCAUUAUUUUGUUAAAUUAAAUGAUUGUCGAAGGAUUGGAUACAAAAAUUGAAAAACAUGAGGGGUUGGAAAGUAAACAUUCAAAGUAGAAAGGAUAUUAUUGCAAAGAUUGGACAACUUAUGGGUGCCCUUCUCCACAACCUUUGUACUCUAUAAAUACUCUGAUCAAACCAAAGCGCAACCGACAUAAACUGGGAAGGAAAGACAAACUUUUCAAACACAAAAACCCUCUGCUGGGGAGGGAAAGACACAAGUUUUAAGAUGGGACAUCCAGCCGCCGAGACCUCGUCCUUUAUGACUGAUUUCCUCCGCCAAUCAGGCGGCGUCGCCAUUAUCGACGGUGGUCUCGCGACGGAGCUCGAACGACACGGCGCUGACCUCAAUGAUCCUCUCUGGAGUGCCAAGUGUCUUCUUACUUCCCCUCAUCUCGUUCGUGAGGUACACCUUGACUAUCUUGAAGCUGGUGCAGAUAUUAUCAUCACAGCAUCUUAUCAGGCCACCAUCCAGGGAUUUGAGGCAAAAGGUUUCUCUGGUGAAGAAAGUGAAUCCUUGCUCAGGAAAAGCGUGAAAAUUGCAUGUGAGGCAAGGGAUAUUUAUUAUGACAGAUGCCAAAAAGGUUCUCCUGAUAGCAAUAAUGGUAGGGUUCUGAAACAACGACCUAUUUUAGUUGCAGCUUCCAUUGGAAGUUAUGGAGCUUAUUUAGCUGAUGGAUCCGAGUACAGUGGGAACUAUGGCGAUGCAAUUACCCUUGAAACCUUGAAAGAUUUUCAUCGCAGAAGGGUACAGAUUCUUGCAGAAUCAGGUGCUGACCUCAUAGCAUUUGAAACAGUUCCAAAUAAAGUAGAAGCUCAGGCUUAUGUUGAGCUCUUGAAGGAAGAAGACAUAAAGAUUCCUGCAUGGUUCUCUUUUAACUCUAAGGAUGGCGUUAACGUGGUUAGCGGUGACUCUUUGCUUGACUGUGCUUCAAUUGCUGAAUCAUGCCAGAAUGUAGUUGCAGUGGGGAUCAACUGCACACCUCCUAGAUUUAUUCAUGGACUGAUUUUGUCUAUUAAGAAGGUGACUACAAAACCAAUACUUAUUUAUCCAAACAGUGGAGAGAGUUACGAUGGCAAGCGAAAGGAAUGGGUGCAAAACACAGGCAUAUCAGAUCAAGAUUUUGUAUCAUAUGUAAACAAAUGGUGUGAGAUUGGGGCUGCCCUUGUUGGAGGCUGUUGCAGAACAACUCCCAAUACUAUCAGAGCCAUAUACAGGACUCUUUCCAGUAGAUCUCCUGCUCCAUCCUCAUAGUGACCACGCUUGCCUUCCCAUGGAGUCUAUGUAAUUCCAAACCCAAACAUGGAAGCUGAAAAAGGCCCUGCGUGGUAUGAAAUUUUUCCCUGAUAUUGAGGGAAGUGUUUGAUCAAAUCUAAGAUUAAGGUCUGAGAAGUUUGUAGAAGAUUGAGGUUUCUAUUUCAUGAGCUACUAGUUUUGGAAAGGCUACCGCUAUUGAAUUCUGACCCGAAGAUCGACAGCCUUGUUUUUUGUACUGUUGUAAGACUCUUGACCCGAGGAUCUACAGUUUUGUUAACUGCAUUGUUGUGAGACAGGAUUUCAAGUUAAAUAAGAUAUUUCUAAUAACCCUGUAGAAUAGUCAAAAGUUGUACACCAUUUUGAUCUGGAUUAUUUGAUUAUACUCCACCCUAUUGAAGUUUUCAGAGACAUUUUCGGGCAA